CUCCUUUAUUACCAUAUGAAAGCAGCGCACGCAGUUCCCUGGGCCGCUGGCAGCAGCGAGCCCGAAGAGGCCCCUCGCUACCCAUCACUGGGGAGCCUUUCCCUGCCGUGGGGACACCUUCACGCUGUGAGACAAGGACUCGGCAUCCUUCGGGACUGGGGCACCUCUCGCUACCACCACCAUUACCGACGCCCAGUGUGGCCUGGAGGGGAGGUGCAGCACGUAGCCCUUGCGGACCGUUACGGACACCCCAUGCUUGCCGGCGCCGGGCCUUUGUUACGAAGGGCAGGGGGAACGGGGAGGCGGGCGGAGGGGGGGAGGGAGGUGAACCGAGGCAGAUGCAGCCGCACCCGCAGCACGGGCGCACGUAGCCCUGCCCGGCCCCUCCGCUCCCAUUCGAUGCCGGCACGGUGAGGCGGGCCCCGGCCCGCCCCUCCCCCAGUGGGUAUAAAUGGCAGGGGAGCGCCGCUGCGCCACCUUCUCACUGCGCGCCGGGCGGGUCGGAGGUAGCAGGAAUAUCCCGAAGAGACAAUGGUGGUGAAAGUCGGAGUCAACGGAUUCGGCCGCAUUGGCCGCCUGGUCACCCGGGCUGCCAUCCUCUCUGGCAAGGUCCAAGUGGUGGCCAUCAACGAUCCCUUCAUUGAUCUGAACUACAUGGUUUACAUGUUCAAGUAUGACUCGACUCAUGGUCACUUCAAAGGCACUGUGAAGGCUGAAAAUGGGAAACUUGUGAUUAAUGGAAAUGCCAUCACCAUCUUCCAGGAGCGUGACCCCAGCAACAUCAAGUGGGCAGAUGCUGGUGCUGAGUACGUUGUGGAGUCUACUGGUGUCUUCACCACCAUGGAGAAGGCUGGGGCUCAUCUGAAGGGUGGUGCAAAGCGUGUCAUCAUCUCUGCCCCCUCGGCUGAUGCUCCCAUGUUCGUGAUGGGUGUCAACCAUGAAAAGUAUGACAAGUCUCUGAAAAUUGUCAGCAAUGCCUCUUGCACUACUAACUGCUUGGCACCCUUGGCCAAGGUCAUCCAUGAUAACUUCGGCAUCGUGGAGGGUCUUAUGACUACUGUCCAUGCCAUCACAGCCACACAGAAGACAGUGGAUGGGCCCUCUGGGAAGCUGUGGAGGGAUGGCAGAGGUGCUGCCCAGAACAUUAUCCCAGCAUCUACUGGGGCUGCUAAGGCUGUGGGAAAAGUCAUCCCUGAGCUCAAUGGGAAACUUACUGGAAUGGCUUUCCGUGUGCCAACUCCCAAUGUCUCUGUUGUGGACCUGACCUGCCGCCUGGAGAAACCAGCCAAGUACGAUGACAUCAAGAGGGUAGUGAAGGCUGCUGCUGAUGGGCCCCUAAAGGGCAUCCUGGCAUACACAGAGGACCAGGUUGUCUCCUGUGACUUCAAUGGUGACAGCCAUUCCUCCACCUUCGAUGCUGGUGCUGGCAUUGCACUGAACGACCAUUUUGUCAAGCUGGUUUCCUGGUAUGAUAAUGAGUAUGGAUACAGCAACCGUGUGGUGGACUUGAUGGUCCACAUGGCAUCCAAGGAGUAAGCCAAGCACACCAAGCCCCCCUGCUGCCUAGAGAAGCAGGUCUCUCCUUUGGAGCCCCUGCCCUUCUUCACCACCGCUUAGCUCUGCAUCCUGCAGUGAGAGGCCAGUUCUGUUCCCUUGUCUCCCCCACUCCUCCAACUUCUCCCUGAGCCUGGGGGAGGUGGAGAGGCUGAUAGAAACUGAUCUGUUUGUGUACCACCUUACAUCAAUAAAGUGAUCACCAUCUGAA